AUGUCUAGUUUUGAUAUUGCAACUAUUUUUGAUAAGAAAAAUAAAGCAUUACCCAAACCCUUUAAUAUUUGUUCAGGUUUUGAUAUGAAAUAUGUGAAAUUGUAUAUUCUAAAAUAUAUCAGAUCUUAUGAAAAUAAACUUAACCAAGUAUUUGAUAAUGAAAGAUU